AUGCCUCCUUCUGCUAGUAAAAGUACCAGCAAUUCAUCAAUCGCCUCUGACGAGUCCUUUCGUUUUGAAACCAUCCAGAUUAUCAACACAGAGGAGCCCGAGUUUUAUCGAGAAGGCGGCUUCCACCCAGUUCAUAUAGGCGAUCACCUUGAUGAUGGGCGGUACCGGAUCGUCCAUAAGCUUGGUCAUGGUGGUUUUUCCGUCGUAUGGCUAGCUUAUGACUCCUUGGAGUCCAUCUGGGUUGCCCUCAAGAUUGUGGCAGCUUCGGACUCCCCUUUGGUGCAAGAGAAAGCAGUCAUGUGUCACAGCAUCAUCUCGAAAAUGGAUGACGAAAGAUUCGUCACUUAUAAGCGCUUCUUUCACAUCGAAGGACCGAAUGGCCGGCAUCUAUGUCUAGUCCUACCACCUUGUGGUCCAUCUUGCAAUACCAUGUCCCAAUACCUUCAGAAUCUUCAUUCCCGAGGGCUUUGCCAUGGAGACUUUACCCCGAGCAAUAUGGUGUUUCGCAUCCGUAACCUUGAUCAUCUAGACGAUCAAGGUAUAUACCGUCUUUUUGGUGAACCUCAACGUGAUCCCCUGAGAACGAUAUCGGGUGAGCCUACUGGUGCAGAGGCGCCGAGGUAUAUCAUUGGCAAUCUCGACUUCACGUCAGCAGAGGACCUCAUACUUGAUGACAUCUGCUUUCUGGCGCCUGAGGUAGCCGUUGGAAAACCUGCCAGCCCCGCGAGUGAUGUUUGGGCUUUGGGCUGUUCUAUCCUACAACUCAGGUCAGGCUCUUCUCCUUUCUCAAUUCCCAACGCCGAUAGCCCAGCAAACAUGCUUGGAUGGGUCAGCGAGUACCUUGGCCGUUUGCCGACAUCAUGGGGAGAGCCACUAUUCGACAAUGAUGGCCUCCCGACAACGGACACGACCAAUGGCGAACCGCUGGGUGAAGUGCUGGAAAACACGAGAUCUUUGAAGCAGUGGAUCAGCGAGAUCUGGGAUCAACCGGAGAAUCUUGAGGAACUUCAAUCAGCAUCAACUACACCAGAGAAAGUGAGAGAUGAGAACAAGCCAUAUAUGAAAUGCUACAGCAACAAAUUUUGGAAACCCGCCGCGAUCAGAAUUGAUGAUGUCUACCUUGGAGCAUACUCCGACAAAGUUGACAAGAUCAUUGAGUCACUGCCGAAAAUAUCUACGCACGAGGCUGACUUGUUAUAUGACUUGAUAUCCAAGAUUUUUGUGUACGAGCCUACACAGCGAGUGUCUGCAAGGGAUAUCUUGGCUCAUCCAUGGUUUCUCAUGGACGAUACAACAUGA